AUGCCAGUCGACAAGAUUCGAGUAUCGGGUGACUCCCGCAUUGAGUACAAGACCGCUACACUCAACGGCCAUAACUACUCUUACCUUCUCAGCCUGCCCAAAUCAGGGCAAUACAAAGCCACCGUUUUUCUGAUCCAUGGCUUCCCCGAUCUCUCCAUGGGAUGGCGGUACCAGAUACCCAUGCUGGUAGAUAUGGGCUUGCGGGUGGUAGCUCCCGACUGCCUUGGAUACGGUCGAACAGACGCCCCAGACGAAUUUAACCCGUAUUCCCACAGAAGUUGUGCAGCUGACAUCAAAGCCCUAGCAACCCAUCUAGGCGAAACCCAAAUCAUUCUAGCGCUCGCCUACCGUAUUGCCCUCUGGCACCCGGAGCUAGUAAGCCACCUAUUCACAGUCUGCGUGCCUUAUGCACGACCCAUGGCCCAGAAUAUCUCCAUCGAAGAUCUUGUCCGCAACGUGACACCGCACUUCGCAUACCAGCUGCAGUUCAAAAGCGGGGAGGUAGAGAAGGUUAUUCAGUCUAAGGAUGAGAUUCGCCAGUUUUUGCUUGCGCUUUAUGGGGGUCGCACCGAGGCGGGCGAGUUUGGGUUUGAUGCCAAUAAGGGGGUUUUGCUUGAUAAGAUUGGCCAGUUGAAGCCUUCGAGGUUGUUGAGCGAGGAGGAGUUGGAGUUUUAUACAAAUGAGUUUGCUCGGAGCGGUAUUCAUGGACCACUCAACUGGUACCGCACUCGCGACGUGAACUAUGAAGAUGAGCUUGCUAUUCUUGACAGGGGGAUUCAGGUUCCUACGCUGUUUAUCCAGGGGUUGAGGGAUCAGGCUCUGCCGCCUCAUUUGGGCAAAUCCAUGUCGAAGCAGGUCCCACAACUAACCCUGAAACAGGUUAAUACCUCGCACUGGGCCCUGUGGGAGAAGCCUGAGGAAGUCAAUGAGAUUAUUGGAACUUGGCUGAAGGACCAGUCUUCUGCCGAUGGAAGGGCUGGCAAGCUCUGA